AUGAAGUUUCUCGUAUCAGCCGACGACACCGGCGCAGUCAAGGAAGUCAUAUGUGGACGUGGGACUGACACAUCCAAGCAAUCCGCACCACAACCCAAAUCCAUCAAGAAUUUCUGCCGUGAACCCAAUGCCACUCGAAAAACCCGAGUUGUCAAGUUAGAAAAGUACAACUACCAAUAUGCUAUCGGUGUUCGAAUUGGUGGCAGUGUUUGCAUAUACGAAAUCGAGGACGAAGAGGAAGAGAGCAAAGAGGAUAACAAGGAAAAAAAGGAAGGCGAAGAAGAGGAGGAUGAUAACUAUAAACUUGUGCAUGAAUUCAAAUUACCCAAUGUGGAAACCGACAAACCAGUAGCAUUAAUCAAGGUGGAGAUCCUUGAAAGUGUGAUUGUGGCUUAUGAAUCAGGCAAAGUGUUUUUAAUCCACGUCAAUGAAAAAUUCGAUUUCGAGCCUUUGCAACUUGCAUUGCCAAGCACUAAACCAAUCAGCGCAUUUGCCAUGAAUCCAACCAAGGAAAACAUUUUUGCAUUUGGUGGUGAAGAAAACGACCUCCAGAUCAUAAAGUUGUUUGAAACCGGAGUCAACCAUACCAUUUUCAAAAAGAAGGAUUAUGCCAACGCAUUCGUUCCUUCCGUCAUAUACCGAGCCAAGAAUGUCAAGAACGACCAUUUGGAUUUGCGAGUACCUGUUUGGAUAACUCAAAUCAUAUUCUGGCAAGAUUUAGACAAGGGAUACAAGGUGAUUACAUCCACGAGAUACGGUCAAGUGCGAGUAUACGAUACUACACACGGCAGAAGACCAGUUGGAGAUUACCAACUUUGUGACCAACCAAUAGUGACAAUGACCAUGACUGAAGAUGAACAAGACCCUGAAAUAAUAGUCACUACUACCCAUGGACUUGUGGCUAAACAUUCCUUAUAUCAAGUCCAUGAUCGUGCAUUCAAAUCUAAUUCUGCAUCAGCUGGUGAAAUCAUCAAGCCGGUGUUGCAAUUGAGAGGUAAAUAUUCUCAAGGUGGGAACACCGGGGCUAUCUUGGCUGCUGAAGCAUGCGAGGAUAUCUUUGCAACUGCCGGGUUAGACAGAUACUUGCGUGUGUUUGAUCUUGCAUCGAGAGAUCUUUUGGCUAAAGUAUAUCUUGGUGUUGAAGUGUCUUCAUUAGUUGUGUUGGACACUGAAGAUGACGACAUCGAAGAGGUUACCACCGAAGAAACCAAGCAAGUGAAAAAGAGAACUAGAGAUGUCGAAGAAGAUAGCGAGGAAGAAGAAGAAGAAUUAUGGGACCAAUUGGAAAGCAGUUCCAAGAAGUCUAAGCAGUAA